AUGUCGAGCGACGAAGAAGAAGAAUACGAUUUCACGUGCAAUAACUUGAAUUUAGAAGGCCUACUCGCAGAUUAUAGUGAGUCUAACAGCCCCAUUGAAGCGGUGGCUCAUCAACCAGUCGAUUUCUUUGCACAUAACAUGGAGGAAGAGGAGAAGCAGAAGAAUCUUCAGUUCUCGCUAGUAAAUAGGGAUUUUGGAGAGUUUGGUGUUCAUCAGGAGUCAGACGAAACUCAAAAUUUAGGUAAGAAUACAUAUCGCUCGUUAGGUGUACAGAAUGUUAUUUUUUCAGAGAAAUCGGAGCAGCUAGAAAACAAUCUCCUGGGAGAUCGAGAGCAAAAUAAUUUCCGUUUCGAAAACGACGAUCAAACAUCUAUCGCAAGUAAGUUCAAAUGAGGGAAGACAUAAUGAUUAUAUAUUUGGUUCAGAAACGCUCUCUCAGGAAAAAGAGGAUUCGACUACUCACAGCUCCUUUGGGUUUUUCAUCAGUUCAAUUAAACGCAAAAUGGAAAUUCUCAGUGAACAUGAUGAAUCGCCACAAAAGAAAAGUAAGCUACAGUUGUUGUAUCGCAACUCUCAAUAGCAACACAUAUUCCAGAAUUUCAAGAUCUUUCUGAAACUGAUUCAACGCUGGGCUUCAACAAAAAUGAAUCAAACGACUGUGCAUUCAAUCGAGAAUACCAAGAUCAAGAAUUUCCACAACAUUUUCUUGAAAUGUCUGCUGGAAAUCAGAAUUCUAGCGAUAAAGAAGUUUCUUUGGAUGGUCCGGAAGGAGAUUUGGACUACGGCCGCUUGGAAAGUUGGGAAAAUGUGACUGAAGUGGAUGUGAAUGAGCCCAUUGAUCUCAGUUUCCUGGAGGAAGGACUUGUCAUCGAGGGAACCGCUACAUUGCCAUUCACUGAUGAAGAACUCAACGCACUAAUUGGAAAGGACAAUCAGCAUACGCAGCAUGACAGCAGAGAUGGGCUGAAUGAUGAUGACGACAACGACGAUGAUUUUGAUCGAAUUUUUUGA